AUGUUAGCAAUUUGGGCGCUUCUUCUAACGUCCGUAUCGGCUUUUUUCUUUGAUUUUGGUGGUCAGCAGCAGCAGCAGCAGCAGCAUCAACAAAACCCACCAAUUUCCUAUGAAGAACAGGUUUUGAAUAACGGAUGUGGCGACUAUCUGUGCCCCGAUACACUAGCGUGUGUGAAAAAGGCCCAGGAUUGUCCCUGUCCAUUCCCCAAAUCGCAACUGAGAUGUGAACUUUCAAACGGCCAAUAUAUAUGCAUUUCCAAGCCGGCGACCCAGGACGAAACGCUUAACUCGCUGUACGAUGACCCUGUGAAGGGUCCUAAGACGCGUGCAAAGGGUUUGAGAGACUGUGGUUGGGUUGAAGCCGCUCACAAGGGCUCGUCUUGA